UUUGUGAUGCCAUGGAUGAAGAUGCAUUCUGCCCUGUGUGUGAAGAUGUGGCUUCUGACUUGGUGCCCCUGUCGUGUGGGCACAGACCGUGCAAAAACUGUCUGACGCAACACUGGAGACAGAGGAAUGACCAGGUCUGCCCGCUAUGUUGGAUGUUCGAUGAGCCUCUUCCAGACUUACCACGAGACAGAGUACCGGCAAACCAAAUCUGUGAUCAACACGGUUAUCCCCUAAGUGGGUACUGUCUGAAGGACAAGGAGCUGGUUUGUCAGACCUGUCAGCUGGGUAGCAAACACAACGGACAUGAGUUUUGCCCAGUGGAGCAAGCAGCAGAGGAACGCAAGUCUAUCCUCAGAAUCUCUAUGGAGACCCUGGUGAGGAAGCUGAAUGGUCAUAAAAAAGCUUGCGUGACCUUAAAUGAGAUGGCUCAGCAUGUUGAGAGGCAGGCCCAGCACACAGAGAGAGAGAUAAAAAACGAAUUUGAGAAACUCCAGCGGUUCCUGUGGGUGGAAAAGGAGGCCAGGAUUGCCGCGCUGAAGAAGGAAGAGAAGCAAAAGAGUCAGCUGCUGAAAGGGAAGAUUGAGAAGAUAACUAAAUUGAUAUCUGCUGUUCCAGACGCAAUCAGCACUAUAGAGCAGGAGCUGGAAGCUGAAGACAUUUCCUUCCUGCAGAACUAUUUGAACACAAUUAAAAGAACCGGGAAUUCCCUGCGGAAUCCCCAUGGAAUGUUCUUCAGCAUUGUGACCCAGUCAAUUCAUCAGUUGAAGUCCUUCUUCUCAACACCUGACCAGAUCCAUAAUGCGACAGUGACAAGGAUCUACAGCACACCACUGGAACCUGAGCCAAUCACAAACGGUUUGAUUGAUGUGGCCAAACACCUGGGCAAUCUCAAGUACAGAGUCUGGAAGAAGAUGCUGGGGACUCUUCAGUACACUCCUGUGACUCUGGACCCCAACACUGCUGCUCCAUGUCUCUCUCUGUCUGAGGGACUGACCAGUAUGAAGUUCUGUACGGACAACCCUCAGCUCCCCGACAACCCGGAGAGGGUCACCUUCGGAGCCGAGAUUUUGGGGUCCCAGUGCUUCACCUCCGGGAGACACCAGUGGGUCGUGGAGGUGGGGGACAACUCCAACUGGGCGGUGGGAGUGGCCAAACAGUCUAUCCUGAGGAAGGACCAAACCAUUCAGGGUCAAGAGGUGGAGAGAACGGCGGGAAUUUCAGCCCUGAAGUUUAGGAACGGUCGCUAUGCAACCAAAAUGGGGCCCGUCUCAGUGCAAAGUAAGCUACGGAGGGUGCAGGUGGACCUGGACUGGGGCAGUGGAAACGUGACCUUCCAUGACUCAUUCAGUAACCGCCACAUUGCUACCAUCAAAUCAAAAUUUACAGAGCCGGUGGUCCCAUAUUUCUACAGCUCCUGCGAGGAGCACCCCCUGCAGGUCGCUCCAGAGAAGGUCAGCAUCACUGUUGGGGCUCCAAAGAAAAAUAGAUUUUUUAUUUUUCUUUCUCUUAUUCUUAUCUUUUUUCUGACCUUUUGUUGCCUGACCAUCAUACAAAAAAAUCUUGAACUACGGAAUGGCUGUUCGGGCUGUUUUGUUGAUUUUUGGAAUGAUGCUCAUGCUUUCACAGUUUCAUCCUCAUAGGAAUGGAUAGAGGAAAAUUUGUUACAUUAUUACAUUAUUGGCAUUUGGCAGACACUCUUAUCCAGAGCGACAUACAGUUGAUUAGACUAAGCAGGAGACAAUCCUCCCCUGGAGCAAUGCAGGGUUAAGGGCCUUGCUCAAGGGCCCAAUGGCUGUGCGGAUCUUAUUGUGGCUACACUGGGAUUCGAACCACCAACCUUGCCUGUCCCAGUCAUUUACCUUCAGAUGUCUUGUUUAGAAACAGUGUACUUCACCAAAAUUACAUUAUUUUCCUGUUAAUGAAUCGGAUGACCAUGAAUGCAAUAAAAAAAAAUUGCUUAGGGCCUUUACUAAUUUCAGUGGCAAUCUUUCAAAUUGUAUGUUCAGGCUUUCUAUAAGUCAAAUGUUUUAACCACACUCUGCUCUCCCAAUGUGUAGUAUUAUACUGGCUAGAAAAUUAUUCAUACAUUUCGUUGACUUAAUGGAAAAAAUCCCUUAUAUCCUUUAACUGAAUUCCCUGGCUGCGGAUUGCUUAAUUUUAGUGGUCUAAAUGUGUGACCAAAUUAGAAUGAGUUUAAUGUUGAAUUUGUGAAUUAACUAAGAACCAGAUGCCUACAAGAUGUCUUCUGCGAUUUUUUCUAUAUUUGUAAUUAAAUAUCGUUCUUGUUGA